AUCAACAGCUGCUGGAAUCAGAAUAGAGAUUAUUAUUAGCAGUAUCACGUGGAAUUAUUGAAUGAAUUUAUCUGAAUUUUUAAUUACAUGUUACUUUUUCUCAAUUCCAUGGUAACCAUAGUGUACAUUCAUGUAAACAUUCAUCUCGUCAUUUUACAACAAAAUAUUCAGUUAAAUUUGUAAGCACAUUUACAUAAUUUUAAACAUUUUAUCAAAACAAACAAUGGAGGAUCAAGAGGGAACAGAAAAGCAGCAGACAGUACACGCAGUCAAGUCUCGUCCUGGAACUUUUGGAUUGGGAACAAAACUAAAUUCUCAGCCUCUUGAUGACUCGACCAAGAACGACGAAGAGGAUGUCGCACAGAGAAAGAGCACCUCGAAAAACACGCUCGAGAAGUUGCUACUAGAGGAAGAGAGACGACAACUGAGUUUGGCCAGAGAGUCAACUGGUUCAGUCAUUUAUGACUAUGAUGAACCAGUCACUAUUCCAUAUUCCUUGGAAAUUCAAUGCCAAGAAAGCGAGACGAGCAAGGAAGCUACUUCUCAGAACAAUUUCAGUGAGAAUGAAUCUGAUGUGAAUGAAAAUGUUAUCGAAGUUACGGUACACGCAACUGGAGGUGUUUCUGAGCAGAACUCUGAUGAAGGGAAUCAGUUCUCGUACACAUCGGACAGCUACACAUUGGAGGUGAGCAAUGAUGAGGAAUAUAACGAACAGGCUGACCAAUCAGAUGCUGCUGUUUUAUCAGAAGCAACUGUUGCUUCAGCAGAACAGUCGGAUGAUGAGAAACUUUUCACCAACUCGAAGCUCAGUGACACCAAAAACUCGCUGGAAAUUUUGCAGAUCUCUCUGGCUAACUCUGAAACAACCGCUAAUGAGGAUUCGGAAGAUAUGGAUUAUGUGGAUAAUGUCCCAGAAAGUGUGCCAAAGAAAAAAGUGGGCAACUUCUUUCGGAAACUGUUCGGUGGCAGCAAGAAGAAAAGUUCAGAAUAAUGAAUCAGGCAACAAUUAAUCCUUAUAUAAACAAAAUUACAAAAAAUUAAAAGCAAAGUUUAGUACUA